AUGAACAACCAGACGGUCAGCACGGACUUCUGCCUGGUGCAGUUCUCCGCCUCCCGGGAGCUGCAGUGGCUGCACGGAGCCCUGUUCCUGCUCAUCUACCUGGGCUCGCUCCUGGGCAACCUGCUCAUCGUCCUGCUGGUCAGCCUGGACCACUGCCUGCACACGCCCAUGUACUUCUUCCUGAAGCACCUGUCCCUGCUGGACGCCGGCCUCAUCUCCGUCACCGUGCCCCGGCUCGUCGCCAGCUCCUUCUCGCACCGCAGCUCCAUCCCGUGGGCCGGCUGCCUGCUGCAGGUGCUGCUGGUCAUCCACUUUGCGGGCUCCGAGCUCUUCCUGCUCACGGCCAUGGCGUACGACCGCUACGUGGCCAUCUGCCACCCGCUGCACUAUGAGAUCAUCAUGGGCAGGGCCCUGUGCGUGCGCUUUGCCGUGGCCUCCUGGGGCCUGGGGGGCCUGUUCGGGAGCCUGUACGCGGGCGGCACCUUCUCCCUGUCUUUCUGCGGCUCUAGGAGGGUCCCCCAGUUCUUCUGUGACGUCCCGGCCCUGCUAAAGAUCUCCUGCUCGGCUGACCACAUGGCCAUCAGCGUCAGCGUGGCGGCAGGAGUGCUCUACGGCUUCCUCUGCCUGCUGGCCAUCACCUGCUCAUAUGCGUACAUCUUCAGGGCGGUGCUGAGCACGGCUGCCAGUCAGGGCCGCUCCAAGGCCUUCUCCACCUGCCUGCCCCAUCUGGCCGUCGUCUCCACCUUUCUCCUGACUGGAGCCGCUGCCUACCUGAAGCCCGUGCCUGACUCCCCGUCUUUUCUGGACCUACUCCUCUCCGUGCUAUAUGCGGUGCUGCCGCCUUCCCUAAACCCCCUUAUCUACAGCCUGAGGAACAAGGACAUGAAGGCGGCACUGAGGAGGCUGCUGUGGAAAGUCAGGGGGGACGUGCCUGGGUGGACAUGGGCACACUGA